GUUAUAAUUGGAAUUUGUAAGUAAGUGGCAAUUUGUAGAUCUACCUGUGUCUUACAUUUUGCAUCUUAUCAGUGCCAUAAUAUAAUUAGUUUAGUGACUUUGUCUUGUUUUUCAGUAUCUAAAAUUACAGCUUAUUCACUAUGCUGUAAACAUUUGGAAAUAAUGAGUAAAAUUUGGCUAAAAGUUAAACCCCUUUGUAGAGGGGGCUGUAAAGUGAAAAAAAAAAGUCACAGCCCACCUGAAUGGGAAACUUCAAUGCUGUUUUUUAAACUGUUGGACUUCCUUUAAGAAUAAGGAAACUUAAAUGUCUAACUGUAGUUGCUAGAUGAGAUGUUGCCAGUUUUGCUGAGGUUCAUGUGAGCAUGCUAUUUGACUUAACAUUUUUCUCCUGUUGGGGAGGAAAAACCUCUCUUCUACCCUCUUAGAUCCAGUAGUUGGGGGCCUGUGAAUUAAACUUAUUAGCAAGAGAAAAUGUAGAUUUUUUUUCACAUCUGUACACAAGAACUCAGAGAAAAGCAGGAUUUGGGGCUCAUAUGCCAUCUUUUUUUUUUUUUUUUUUUUUAGAUUUUAUUUAUUUAUUUGACAGAGAGAGAGAUAGCGAGAGCAGGAACACAAGCAGGGGGAGUGGGAGAGGGAGAAGCAGGCUUCCUGCCGAGCAGAGAGCCCGAUGUGGGACUCGAUCCCAGGACCCUGGGAUCAUGACCUGAACUGAAGGCAGACGCUUAACGACUGAGCCACCCAGGCGCCCCAUAUGCCAUCUUAAUAAGGGGAAGGGAGAAAGGGCACUUAGGGGAAAACAAAUGGCUUUCAGAAAGGAUAAAUGGGCCCUUAGGAGAAAGAAGGGAGAUACAAUAGUUUUGUGACAAUGUCUGCUUAGUUGUGGUACCAAAAGUCCCAGGGAGAGGAUUUGUAACAGUUGAGUUCAUUGGGGGAGAUUCUACUUUUAGGCAGAUAAAGGGAAUUCAGAAAAGCUUCUUCCUGCAUCUGUAGAUUCUCAGUGCCCUUAGCUCAAAAUAAUUGUUAUGCCACAGUGGUGUAUUCUGGACUCCUUUAUUUCCCCCAUCUAAAACUUCCCAGGGUGUUUCAAGGAGCAGAAGCUGAGCUAGUGGUUGUGGAGAAAAGAUUCAGGUUAGAAGGUGGGAGGUAAGAGAUACGCAAAGGGAAAGAGGCAUAAAUUUAUGGAGAAAGAAAAGGAAAAACAAAAACUAAUAGUUGAAAUGGAUUAUAAACUCAGUUUCUUGAGUUCAGAAAGCAGUCAGUCCAGAUGAUUUCUACAUGUUGGUCUUGAAGUGUCUUUAGAUGGCAGAGUCAUCACGAUGGUAGUGGUAAUCUCACAGUCAUGGGCAUUUCCUGGAGCUCAGAGGACCAUGUUCUGGUGAACUUCCUGAGUGGCCCAAACUGUUGGGAUAAAGCCUUUAAGGUUCUCUUCAGCUUGCAGGGCUUUAGGAAACAGGCAGUUUUAGUUCUUAAUGGUGCCAAGUCAGGAGGGUGGAAGAAAGUUGGAAAAGUUAAUUACUGACAAAAUGCACAAGAUGGCAGGAUUCAGCUUUCAAAGAGGUGAAAAAAGCUCAAAGACAAUGAACAGGAAUAGAAUCUGAUAAUCCACAAUGGUGGGUUAUAGUUUUCUAUUGAAACAUAAAAUUUAUCUGUCAUCACCCCCACUUUUAUCAAAGAUAAUUGAGGUAAGACUAUUUUUGUUUGCAAAGCAAGUCCAGUCUCGUCAAACUUGGCCUGACUGGGUUUUUUUGUUUUGUUUUGUUUUUAAGAUUUAUUUAUUUAUUUAUUUGACAGAGAGAGACACAGCGAGAGAGGGAACACAAGCAGGGGGACUGGGAGAGGGAGAAGCAGGCUUCCUGCCAAGCAGGGAGCCGGAUGCGGGGCUCCAUCCCAGGACCCUGGGAUCAUGACCUGAACCGAAGGCAGAUGCUUAACGACUGAGCCAUAGCAAGAAAGAUGGCUUCUCCCUGCCGCAGGUCCCUGAAUCCUAAGCCUCUGACCCUCCUUCUGGUGGGUGUGAGUUUCUUGGCCCUGCACCUCUGGCUCCUCCAAGCCUCCAGGUCCCAGCGGCAGAAGAUGUGGGAUGGCUCUACGGAGGCUGCCCCUGCGGCCCCUGCGGCCGUGCAGCCGUCGGCGUUCAGUUCAGGGUCCCCGUGUGUGGCCAACGACUCGGUCAACGCCACGGUCGACUUCGAGCAGCUGCCCGCACGCAUCCAGGACUUCCUGCGGUACCGCCACUGUCGCCACUUUCCCCUGCUCUGGGACGCGCCAGCCAAGUGCGCGGGCCGCCGCGGGGUCUUCCUGCUGCUGGCGGUCAAGUCGUCGCCCGCCAACUACGACCGGCGCGAGCUCAUCCGCCGCACGUGGGGGCAGGAGCGCCGCUACCACGGGCGGCAGGUGCGCCGCCUCUUCCUGCUGGGCUCGCCCGCGCGCGAGGACGCCGAGAGCGCGGGCCGCCUGGCGGCGCUGGUGGAGCUGGAGGCGCGCGAGCACGGCGACAUGCUGCAGUGGGCCUUCACCGACACCUUCCUCAACCUCACGCUCAAGCACCUGCACCUGCUCGACUGGCUGGCCGGGCGCUGCCCGCACGCGCGCUUCCUGCUCAGCUGUGACGACGACGUCUUCGUGCACACCGCCAACGUGCUCCACUUCCUGGGCACGCAGCGGCCCGAGCGCCACCUCUUCGCCGGGCAGCUCAUGGACGGCUCGGUGCCCAUCCGCGACAGCGGGAGCAAGUACUUCGUGCCCCCGCAGCUCUUCCCCGGGGAGGCCUCCCCGGUGUACUGCAGCGGCGGCGGCUUCCUCCUGUCCCGCCACACCGCCGGGGCCCUGCGCGUGGCCGCCCGCCGCACCCCGCUCUUCCCCAUCGAUGACGCCUCCAUGGGCAUGUGUCUGAAGCGCGCCGGCCUGGCGCCCAGCAGCCACCAGGGCAUCCGGCCCUUCGGCCUGCAGCUGCCCGGCGCCGCCAAGUCCUCCUUCGACCCCUGCCUGUACCGCGAGCUGCUGGUCGUGCACCGCUUCGCGCCCUACGAGAUGUUGCUCAUGUGGAAGGCGCUGUACAGCGCCGCGCUGAGCUGUGGCCGGGGCCCGAGGGUGUCCUGAGGACAGGCGGGCCGGACGCGGGAGCGGGAGCCGCCUCCACACCGGACGCUUUCCGUGCUGAGAAUGCAUCCUCCCUGCUCUGGAUAUCUUCGACCGCACCCAGCUCGGUGCCCCCGACCCCACUACACACUGGAAUCGCCUGGGCGGGGGUGGGAAGGGCUUGGCUCCUGGCCCCAUCUCCACAGUUCUGGCUAUAUCGGCCUGGAGUGUCCUCAGACAUCUGGGUAUUUCCUAAGCUCCUCAGAUGAUCCCAACGUGCAGCUAGGAGUGAAGCCCACUGGGCAAGGGAUGUGUUUUAACCCUCCAAACCCAGCUCCAUUGCCCCCUGGAGGAGCCUGCGGGCGGCCCCUGCACUGAGCCCGUGUGGGCGGUAGAGUCAGGAUCCAGUGUCGCCUGUUGGGUGCAGUACACGGGUGGUCGUUGUCAUCAUUCGCUCCGGAGUGAGUACAGAUGGAGCUGGACUGACGGUCAGCAGAUGGAUUCCCUUCCCCCGGAAGUCAGUUCGCACUGGGGACCUGGGAAACAACCAGACCUCCCUGAUGCAGACUGUCAUGCUGAACAAUUAUCACGAGUCCUGAAUCCCCUUCUCCCUAGCUGCCAUUUAUCAAGGGCUUGUAACAGACAAGAAAACAAGAAUGCUGAGGCCAAGAGAGGACACCUUCCUUAUUCUCUAGGAAGUCUGACUUCUGUGCUUUGACAGCUUCCUCCUAUUUUCCUGAAAGCCGAUGGAUUAUCCCCACUUUAUAGGUAAAGAGAUUAAGACUCGGGAACUGUACAGCUCAGAAGGGUUAGAACUCUGUAGUUAUGGGACUGCUGUGUCACUCUGGAUCCUGGUCACCCCUUCUCUGAAGCUGAGCUGCUCUCGUCACCAGGCCUAGCAAAGACCAGCAUCCCGCGGAGCCUUGGCGCCACCUCGUGUGCUGUCAUCUGGCCCUCACCCCGCCCGGCUCCUCAGGCUCUUGCGCCCCAGGGCCGCCAGGGGGCGCUCCCCGCACACGGUUUCUGCGGGGAAGCUGGCGUCCGGUCCCUGGGUAGGUGAAAAUCUGGGCGGGGCGGGGGGUACUUCCAACAACCGUUACCCGACAGGUGGUAAUUGACAAGGACCACAUAAGCAGAGAAAAUGAUGGGCCUGCCUCGCUCACAAACACGCUUGCGAAAUCCUACGUAAAAUGCCUGCAGAUGGAGCUUGACAAUAUGUAAAACAGGAAACUGUAUCAGCAUCUGGAUGGGUUUAUCCCAGAAAUUCCAGGUAACAGGGAUUAUUAUCAUCCCCACUGGCCCGAUGUGGAGACGGAGGCCCGCGGGUGGGAGAAUGAGCUGCUCAAGGUCACACGAGUCUUCUAGACCCAGGCCUCCUGCCUGCCAUUCCUGGGCCCUGAGCACUGCCCUCGCCACCACGCCUGAUGGCAGCCACACGCAGAGUCCAAAGCUGCAGCUGCACAAGGCCAGAGGCUGGCUCUCGGGACUCUGGAGAGAAGGACGCAGCCAGUAAUUUGUGCGCGCACAUACGCACACAACCACGACAUCUGUCUUGCCUUUAGAGGGAGGAAAACCUCCUCAGACCCUCCCAUGUCAGUGGCACUGGGAGCGGGAGGCAGCAACCCUCCGAGGCAGGGGGGAGGGUGGAGCUCCAAGGUCAGGCCCACCUCAGCUUCCUCACCUGGGUGCCCCGCACCCCUGCCCCUGGAGGCCGCCAGGGGAAACUGCCAAUCUCUCCGAGUUAAAUCUACAUUAGAACGAUUUUUAGAGCUGGCCCCUCUCCACCCUGGGAUGGUCAUUUACAGAAUUAUUCUGUAGGGUUGGUGACCCUCUUCUUCCCUCCUGCCUAGACUCAGCCUGGCCUUUGAGUAAUCAACAGGUUCAUUUACAUAAUUUACCCAGUAGAAGAACAGUCUUUCCAGAAGGUCAAUUCUGAUGCUCCCCAAAACCCAGAAAUGACAUUAGUUUGUCAAAUGUCAUCCUUUAUUCUUUUCUCCUGCUUUCAAGAGUUUGAAGCAAUAGAGUAGGAGAUUGGAUGUGUAUUUCAGAAAGUUCAUUCGGCUGCAGGUGAAGGGAUCUGAGGGGCAGGAGAGAGUCCUGGGGAGAGUGAGGAGAUGGGGAGCAGGGGAGCAAGGGAGAGAGGAGUAGAAGGAGUCCAGAGGUCAUGGGAGGUGGAAUGGGGCUUGGAGCUUUAGAGUGCUAGCAGAAGGCAUGAGAGGGAGCAGGGCUGGUUCAGGUUUCACCCAGGAACUUCAGCUUCACAGGCUUGAUGGGGAGGGUCAAGGUUCUUAUGAGGAUGCUCUGGGCUUUUUGGGAAACAGUCUGGCCGUUCCUCAAAAAAUGUCACUGGGCGCCUGGGUGGCUCAGUUGGUUAGGCGACUGCCUUCGGCUCAGGUCAUGAUCCUGGAGUCCCUGGAUCGAGUCCUGCAUCGGGCUCCCUGCUCGGCAGGGAGCCUGCUUCUCCCUCUGACCCUCCCCCCUC